GCUUGGGGAUUACGCGAGGGCUUCCGCCCGCGGACUUUCCGGACUCUUGCGAAGGUCUCGUCACCAUUGGAGGCCAGUACACCAUCUCUGCGAAGCACAUCGUGAAUGCAAGUCGAAGCCACAGCUGCAUUAUCCGCGCCCAGCAUGGCACGACGCUGAUGCUGAGCGCCCCGCUGCACUUUCUGGGAGAUGUUCGCAUUACGGGGAGCCUGCAGGUGGUAGCCCAGGAGGACAUGAGGUCCGACAGCUGUUUCAUGGUGAAGGGCAGCCUAACGCUCGAGAUGGAUCUCCUCCGGAUGACUGGUUGCCGCUCGUCCGACCGUGGCGGCGCAUUACAAGCUCUGGGAGAUCUAAACGUGAUAGGUGGCAAGUUGGUGAUCGACGACUGCCAUGCGAGGGAAGGUGGUGCCAUUUUUGUCCAUGGAACUGCACAUAUCACAGGAGCACAUGCCACUUUCACACAUUGCACGGCAUCUUCAGAUGUCAUGGGCUUCAUAAGCAACAAGGUCGCAGAUGACGACUCACACAAGCAUUGUGGUGGAGGCCUUGCCGUUGACGGGUCCUUGCAACUGCAAGAAGCUCGCAUAACAUUCGAUCGCUGCCAUGCAGCAGACUUCGGCGGAGGUCUCUACGUGAAUGGUAGCUUCUAUGUGGAAAGUGGCGCCGUGAAUUUCAAGGAUUGCCAGAGCGGGCGUGGAGGUGGAAUGCUCCUGCACUGCCCUCAGGUUGGUUCCAGCUCAUGCACAAUCAGCCAUUCAAACUUGGUUUUCAGCUCGUGCUCCGCUUCCUACGGGGGUGGCCUGGGCCUGUAUGGCGCCCUAGGCCUCAUGGAUUCCAACGCGAGCUUUGAGAACUGCAGCGCAAAACAAGGAGGAGGAGGAGUUUGGGUCGGGAGCGAUUCCGCAGUUCCGUCUGCAAUUGUUGCGAAUGCUGGGGCUUUCGAGUUCAAGCAAUGUACUGCCGGCAAUUGGGGUGGCGGAAUGAAUUUCGAGAAGGCAGAGGUAAGCCUUGAUCAGUUCGACUUGGCUUUUGUGGGGUGCACAGCGAGCAUAGCCGGGGGCGGAUGGCAGUCCGGCGCUGGCAGGCUCUUCCACCGCCGUGGCCGAAUGUCGUUUCACUCCUGUUCGGCAUUCGGAGGCGCGGCCUUCAGCACGACUUUGGGCGCAGAACUGGCGGAAGUCCAUGUCGAAAUGAGCAGCGGCUUUGAGUCGGAAGUCCAGAGUGCUGCGGGCAAUCUGUCCAUUGAACUGUUGACCUUUAUCUACAAUGGCCCCCGCUUUGCUGGAUUGAAUGUCGGGGUGAUGGCACCCAACGUAUCCAUUAAGGAACUGAAUUGCACAGCUGCUAACACAUGCACCGUGUGGGCUGCCACAAUGCGCAUCCCGUCCCUACUAUGUGCUCCUGGGCGGGAAUUGAGCCGCACGUCCACUGAUCCUACGACAACAAGCUUUGGUUGCGAAUUGUGUGAGCGUGGGUAUUUUCAGCCACUUCCAUGGCGCAAUCCGCAUUGUUUGCCAUGCCCCAGCGAAGCACAGGUAUGCGACGCCGUGUCUGUGACAAUGCAGGCUGGCUACAUGCUCGAUAUCCCGAAGCUUUCGUCAAUCACUGACUUCAGCGAGCUGGAUUCGGUCAAUCGGACCUACUUCUGUCCAAAUCCUGCUUCCUGCCCAGGAGGACGACUGGCCCACCAAGAUGAGAGAGCAAUGUGUUCGCCUGGCGCCACGGGUAAAGGAUGUGAGUAUUCAGUGCCCGGCUAUGCGAGUGGAGAUUAUAGCAACCCAUAUGCCAAAUUCAAAUGUCCCACUUCGUCAUGGGCUUGGGUUGCGGCUGCCAGCUACCAGUUCGGCAAGGAUGCGCUCGUGUUCGUGCUCGCCUCCUCUUCAGUGCUCGGUGCAAAAGCUGGACGAAAAGAGAGUGCCGUCCUUGUGAACCAUUUCAUGGCUUUUGGUACCAUGGCGUCCCAUUGUUUGGUGGCACUCAUGCAGGCCAAAGUUUUUGCUGCACAGCACGACUUUGUGCGAGACUUCGUGGCUAGCUGGGGCAUCGUGAUUGAUGUAGGAACUGGGCAAAGUGCGGCAGGCACACCACUAACUUGCUUUUACACAGCCAUAUGUGGCGGAAGCGGUCUCGACAGUUUUUUCGUGUAUUUAGGUUUGGGCAGUGUGCCAGCCCUACUCCUAAUGUGCACCCUUGGAUGCGCCAAGGGUUUUUGGCUUGGCAUCAUAGUUGGAAGCAACUGCUUCCUGCCAGCGUUUUGCGGACGCCUGAGUAUGCUCUUGAUUUCCUAUAGGGCAACCGAAACAGGGAAUCUUCAAUUUUACUUUACAGUUGGUGAAAGUCAGCUGUGGGCAAUGUUGCUUGCACCUGUCAUGGUGCUGACCAUUUGCUUCGGCGCGACCAUCUGGAUGUUUCUACGGGCAACGCAUUCCGACCAGGACCCUCGCUCGCUGCACGUGUUAUACCUGGCGGCUCCUUACAAGCCCAACUAUGCCUCGUGGGAGGUGGAACGGCUGCUGCGAAAGAUGGUACUCAGUGUGAUUUGCACAGCUUUCCCUGUCACACUUCAUCCUAUGGCACAGCUAGCUUGUUUAACCUGCAUCUCAAUUGUGUCAGCUGCGCUGUAUUUGAAGCUGCAGCCCUACAGUGUUGCAAAAUUCAACGACAUGGAGAUCGGCUUGUUGUUGACAGCUAACGUCAUGGUCGUUUUGAGCCUAUAUAGUUCAGCUCCUUGGGCGGGCUGGGCCACAUAUACUCCUUGCAUCCGGUUCGUGGCAGGUGCGGCCGCCAUCUUAUUAGGCACAGGCUGCACACUUUGGAUGGCCAUCCUGAUCGGUGCUGCACUUAUGAGGGAGCGUGAGGAGGAGUAA